AUGGCAUAAGUAAAGAAAUCAAAUAAUUAAUAUUUUUUUUUAGUAAUUAUUUAAUAAAUUAAAUAUUAAUUAGAUAGAAUAUUAAAGGAUAUUUGUAAAAAAUAUCAGAUAUACUUUUUAAUUUUUAUCUCAAAAAUGAAUUGGCAGAGCGCUUACAUUAGAUACUAAUUUGAUUAAAUGUCUUCUGAGAUUGAGGAAGAAGAAAAAAUAGAUCAAAAUAAAGUUAACAAGAAACCAUUAUAAUUUAUGACAUAGUGUUUAAAUUCAUUAUAGGACAGCUAGCCAGAUUUGGAAUGCUUUUAAGAUUUAGGUUAACUUGAUUAAAAAGAAAAAGGUGAUUUCAGCAUGAUAUUAGAUUCUAUUAAACAAUAUGUUAAUAACAACGAAUAAAAUUUAGACAGCUCUUCUUAUUAGAAUCAUGAUGAAUCAUUUUAAAUUUUAAGAAAUUUUGGUGAAAUAAGCUAAUAUAAAUAUAUUAAAACAAAAUGGCAAAAAAAGGAAGAAGUCAAAAAAAAUCAGUAGGUACUCGAUGAAGAUUUAAAUUUGGUUAAGAAGGAGAAUGAUCAAUUAAUCUUUAAUUACUGUUUACUGCUUGAAUAAAACCCACAAAAAGAAAGUACUUUAAGCAAAAACUAAAUAUUUUUUUAGGAUAAAAAAUAAUAUUGCGAGUAUAUGAUAGAUAAGCUUAUAUUAGAUUAAAUGAGAAAGAUAAAAAUGGAGUUAAAGAGGUUUUUGUAUGGAAGUUAAAACAAUGAAUCGUAUAGAGACUAAACUUUUGAAAGUAUAAGAGAACUAGAUUAUAAAAUUCUUUUUAUGAAAUUUACUUAGUUUGGAUUUACUGUUAAUAUAGUCACAAAAUAAUAGCAAGGUUUAAAUUCAUAAACCCCAUAGCUUACCAAAGAAAAUUUGAUAAUAUUCCUAAAUAAAAAUAAAAAGAUGCUUUUUACAGGAACUGUUUUAUUCUCAUCUGAGUAUAUUGAUAAGUAACACAAGCAUCCUGAAGCUUUCCAAAAUUUAGAUGAAACUAUUUUCGAAGAAAAUGCGGAUAAAAUAGCUUAAGCAACUGAUAAAUAAGAUGAAGAAAGUAAGAAUGAAAAAAAUAAAAAUUAACAAUCAGACAAAUAAGAGUAUUUUUCGUAAAUAAAACUAAACAUAAACCAAAGUAAUGCAACAGAAGUUCUACAGCAAUUAAUAGAUCCAAAAAAUUUAGUUGUAUUUGAAGUUUAGAAUAAAUGGAAGCCAUUUAAAUGUAAUUUCUUGGCUUUAAAAUACAUGCUUGAUGAUCCUAAUGAUGUCUCAUUCUCAGAUGAAAUAAUUAAAGGAUAAAUUUAAAAUUUAGCCUUUGAAUAGUUUAGGAAAAUCAAAUCGAAGUAUUUUUAGAAUAAUCCAAAUUAUGGUUUUUUUCAAAAUUUAAACAAACAUAUUUAUUUUGAUCGUCUUUUAAAUUUUAUUGAUGAGCUUAAGGACUAAAAUAUGCUUAGCUCAUCUUAAUUAGACUGCUUGAAAUAUGUAUUAACAUAAAAAAUUGCAUUGGUCUAGAGUAUAUAAGGAAAAUAAAAGUGCCAAAUUUAAUUUGAAACAAUUAAAAUAUUAUAUUAAACUUACUCAAAGCAAGAAAAUAAAAAACCGAUAUUGAUUAUCUGCUAAUAAAAUGAAACCUUAAAUUAAUAUUUAGAAUAUUUAUCAAAGUUACAAAACUAUUUGGAUAGCACAAACAAAGAUAAAAAAAAUCAAAAUAAAAUUCAUUUUCUUCGUUUAGGUAACGUUGGUAAGGUAAAUUAUAAUAAGUAUUAAAAGCACUUACUUCCAAAUGAUUUGAGAAAUCCUAUAAGCAAUAAUAAGAUUGAUGACCUGAAUAAAUAGCUGCAACACCAGACUAAGUAUCAUAAAAUGGCAAAUAGAAAACUAGGCUACAAGGAAUUAAACAGUUUCGAAAAAGAAUUUAAUUAGUAAGCAAAUAGUUAACAGUUCUAAAAAAUAUUUUUUUCGGACAAGAUCACAAAUUUAUUGAUUAGUUAAUAUUUCACUGAUUUAAGUGAUGAAUAAAAAUAGAGGAUAAAGGAGGAAAAAAAUUAAAUACUAAAAUUAUGGAUUAAUUUGGAUUUGAAUUCAAACAAUUUAGAAAAUUUAAUAUAAAUUGAGUUGACUAAAGGAUAAAAGAAACUGAUUGACUAUUAUUUGGGGUUAUUGAUCAGCUAAAGAUAAUAAUACAAUAAACUUUAUUAAUCAAAUUAUUAUAGGCAUUCUGAUAUUAAUCCGAUAAUAUUUAAUCUGUAAGAAUAACAGCUAGACAAUUCACCUUAAUCAUUUGCAGAAUUCAUUAAUGGGUUUGAGAGACUUAGUUAAAUUACUUUCUAUCACAUGAUGUCAAUAAAAGAUUACAUUAUUUAUUUCUAUAAAUUUGAAAUUUUCGAAAGCUUUAAAUAUUUGAACUCAAUUUUUAACUCAGAAACAGAAAAUAAUGCUAAAAUACAAACAGUUUAAUAGUUAUAAUAUUUUCGUUAGUAAGAUGUGAUUUUGACGACUGUGAAUUACUCUCAUACAUACUCUCUAGUCUUUAAGAUGUUGCAACCUGAGAUAAUUAUCAUAGACGAGGCAGCUAGCAUUUAGCACGAAUAUUUAAUUGCUAAUGUGCUUUUUUAUUAACCUAAGCAUUUGAUUUAAUUCGGAAAUAAUAUCUAACUGAAUUUGGUAAACAAAGAUUAAGUGCUAAAAGUAAAAAAUUAAACAAUGAAUGCUCAAUUUUGGAGAUUAAUUCGAGUUAAAAUUCCAUUUUACAAAACAAUUUUAAUGCAAUAAGUAAGCUUAGAUUUGUAUUUGUUAGCCAAUUUAAUUAUGGAUGUAGGUUUCGUUGAUGAUGAAGGUGAAAUUCAAAAGAGUUUAUAUAGACUUUAAGAAGAAUUAAAUGACAAUGAACUAUAGAAAAAUUAGAAACUUAGUAUUUAUGUGAAUAAUUUUGAUAUUCAAUAAACUUAUAUCAUAAUAAGAGAAUCCGAUUCUGUUUUUAUCGUUUGUAAUAAGCAAAGAACCGAUUUUAGAUUCUUUAAUUAACUAGAAUUAUUGGCAUAGAUAACAUUUUAAUUCCAUUAAUCUGUGAUUAAAAAUAAUAUAAAGCAUGUUAAACUUUAAUUAAACCCAUUUCAUUAUUUUUUAGAUUACGAUAAAAUAGACGAGAAUGACCUAAAAAUCACUCUCAACGAUUAAGAAAUUUUAGUUGAGAAUUCCCUAAAUAAACAUCAAAAAUUUAUAUAGGAAAGUACUGAACAUUAAAGGAGCUUAGAUAUUUCAAAUCAACAAACUAUAUCUACUUGUUUUUCUACUAGUUAGAUAUUGGAAAAUUAAGCCUAGCAAAUUUAAUUAAAUUCAGAUAAAAUUAAAUAAAAUAUGUUGAAUGUUGAAAGUUAUAAUUCAAAUAAUAAUCCAUAAAAAAGCUAACAAACUUAAUAAGGAAGAAAAUAUAAAAUAGUUUAUGAGAGAAAAUCAAACAACAUUAAUGAGAGAAAAUAAAACAACAUUGAUGAGAGAAAAUCAAACAACAUGUAUGAUAUCUUAAAUUAAUCUUAAAUUCUAGAAGAAAAAUAUGAAAAAUAACAAGUUUUCAAUAAAGCUAUAAAAAAUAUUAAUUUGAUCAUCUCACAAGAAUAAACUGAUUUACAUAAAAUUUUGAUAAAGAUAGAAAAAUACUUGAGAUAGUUGAUAAAUUAUAUAGAUGAUGCUGAAAAAAUAGAUUACUAUGAAGAAAGAAUGGAUUAUGUUAUCCUCAUGUUGAUACAUAAUUAUCCUGACAUAGAUUUAUUUUAUUAAAAUUUAAAAGGCUCUGUUGAUUAAAAUGAUUAAUUUUAAUUAAAAUCGUUGAUAAUCUUGUAAUAAGACAUUUUAAUAAAGCAAUUAAAGUUUAGAAUGUAAGCAUAACAAAAUAAUUAAGAGAAUGAUAAACAAAAUCAAAUUUCAGAUUAAAAAUAAAUCUAAUAAAUAACCAAUUUAAUUAAUUUGCUGAGAAAAAGAAUAUUUAAAAAUAACUAAAGGCUAAUUGAAGUACUAGAUUUGAUAAAGGAUUACUCAAGCUAAAUCCUAGACUUAGAGUGGAUUUUAAUUUAGAUUUUGUUCAAAGAGACAUAAAGCUUAUAAAAUAAUGAUGUUUAAUUGAUUGGCUAAAUUAAUAGCAAAAUUAAGAACUUUAAGUUCAAGGUAGCGUCCCAAAAGAGCAACACAAGUUUUUCUGAAUUUUAAUUCUAGUUUUUUAAGGAAAAUGAUGAAGAAAUUUAAUUGUAGAAAGUUCAAGAACUCAAUAAAAUUCUGAUUAACACACUGCAACAAUAAUAUAAAAAUUACAUCAUCAUUUUGGCCAAAACUCAAAACAGCUGGGUUCUAAAAAAAAUUUAAAUUUAAAAAGAUUUCACAUAAAAAUUCGAAGAAUAAUGUUCAAAUAUUUUUAUAUUUGUAAAAUAGAAAUUAUAAAAUCAGAAAAACAACAUGACGACACAGCAAAUUAAUAAAUAAAAUAGUAUAAAACCUAACUUGAGGUCAAAAUUGUUGAAUUCUUUAAAAACAAUCUCUUAUAUCUAUAAUUCGUGA